AUGGCUAGAAGUUUGGCCACACAAAGAUGGCCGCUCUCAAUUCAAAAUGCCAGAACUCCCUCGGAGCAGAUUGCCAAUCUGAGAGCUCUUAAAAAUGAAAUCGUUGGACAUGCUCCAAAGAAAGAAAUGGUUGUAACCAUGGGCCUUGUGGAACCUGUCGUACGCAUGAGUUCUAACAAGUCGAGUCCCAGAAGUCAGGACGGGAAAGCACACGAUCAUUGUUAUGCGAUCCGGCCAUUGGAAGAAGAGGAGAUGGUUCGACUGCAGGCUUUACAAGUCUUGGGAAGUCUUGCAUAUGGUGGUCCGGCUUUCCUCGCUCCUUUACAAUACAGUUCUGCGCUCCCGGCGAUCCUGUCGAAUCUUUCCCCCUCAAGCAACCCACCACAAAUCGUCCUCGCAGCGCUGCGAGCUUUGUCUAACCUCGCGGAGUCUGCAAUACUUGCCACAAGCGUACACCCUCUUACGAUCAAGUCUCUAGCAGCAGCACUGUUCGUACGCCCACAUCUUGCCUCCCUAACCCGCAUCAUCUCCCAGACUUCAUCAUCGCAUAUCAUACAAACCCAGAUAUCAUUGGCGGCUUCUCUUAUAGCUCGCAUAUGUCGGCAGGAGUCCUACCAACAAAGUCUCGCAAUAUCUGGUGUUUUGGAUGCUUUGGCUGUGAAGUUGGCAAGCUUCGUUGUGGCUCAGGGCCUUGUUAUCCCAGGUGCCGAGAUCAUUGCGCUUAGAGAAGGUUUACAGGAAUACAUCCCCCCCGCUUCUCCUCCAACUGCCAGUCUUUCGGCGGUUUUAGAGGCGAUAGCGAGCAUUGUCACCGAGUCUAAGUUCAGAGCUUCACAACUACUUUAUCACCCAUCAAUCAUGGCUGUAUUCCCAUCAAUACCGGCAGGCGAGGCCCCGAUUCCGCAAAACUCAAGAGCUGCUUGGAAUGCCUUCAAUACCGCAAGUUUCAGUGCACGGCAAAGCCAGUUGAGUGCCAUCGACUACCUGCUUCCAAUUGUUCCAAAGUAUCCAGUGAAGAGCGCACAGGCUUCUGCAUUUCCUCCCCUAGGUUCGUCUGGCCCUCGGGGACAAAUAUCCCCCAAUGGUCGUGGAAAGUCAACGUCUGCCUCCAUAUGGUCCGACCCUCCCCCGGAGCGUACUAGUUCGCCACAAGAUACCCAGACCAUUUCCGAGGAUCCUGAAAGUCCCUUGAUUGCAUAUUUGAUAUUGGUUAUGAGAUCUCGGGAAGGCGAAGAGAGACUUAUGGCUUCAUAUUUACUGACAGUGCUAUUUCGAGCCGGUCUUAUCAAGAAAGCCAGGGAAUCAGCCUUGGGUUUACUGGUUGUGCCUCUACUUGUGCAGAUGUUAGAUGAAGAGUCCACCCUGAAGUCAAAGGAUAGCUCUUAUGAUCAUGAAUUGUUGAGAAUCGAUCGUUCAGUCACGGAAAUGGCACCACACAUCUUAGCAUUAUUGAUUACAGAUAGCGAAUAUCUUCAAAAGGCUACAUUUGACAAUGAAGCAAUGGCCAAGCUUUCGAAGUUGAUCAAAAUGGCUUACGAUCCAGUACCAGAAAGUGCCAAUGUGCAGCAUUGGUCACCUGUCAAACCGAAUACGGCCGAAAAUUAUGUGGAACAAACCCCAUCCUCGCGUCUUGGUGACCCUGGCCAAUCUGCUCUCCUUGUUCACAAGAUCAAAGUAAGGGAGAGCGUGUUGAGGGCAAUAGCUUGUCUUAUUCUUUUCAAAGAAGAAUAUAGAAAAUCCGUUGUGGAUAAUGGUAUAAUUCCGUAUAUUGUCGAAUCUUUGAACCCUAACCCUCAAAAGCCAUCGAUCAAAUUCAACGAAAAGGGCGACAAAGCCGAAAGGAAAUCAGAGUCAAGCGACCUUAACAUUGAUCAAGAAGGUUACGGAAUCAACCCCGUGGGAGUCCUUAUUGCUGCCUGUACCGCUACUCGCGCCUUGGCGAGAUCAGUCUGCAUACUCAGGACUACCUUGAUCGACAAUGGAGUGGUUACGCCAAUAUUCCCCCUCCUAUCCCACCAGGAUAUUGAAGUCCAAAUUGCCGCUACCGCUACAGUCUGCAAUCUUUUGAUUGAUGUCGCUCCAAUGCGAGAGAGCUUCAUGGAAUUUGGGGUACUCAAAAUCCUUUGUGGACAGGCACACUCAAUGAACGCAAAGCUUCGGCUGAAUGCUACCUGGGCGCUCAAACACUUUGUCUGCGGUGUCAGUAACGAGACUAAGCGAACGUGCUUGGAGGAGCUAGGAUCUGGAUGGCUGGCAUACCUCAUUUGUCAUGACACGGAAGAUGAGGCACUUUCGAAAGAAAAUGGCUGUAACCAAGGCGUGGCCUCAAACCGGGACUAUGCCAUGGACGAAGACGUAGAGAUGGAUCAACCUGAAAUGCCAAUGGGCGGCUCAUUCUCAGCUCACAAUAACCCCAGACCCAGUAGUAACAGUCGCAGUAAAAGCUUGCAGCAAGCAGAAGUGAAACUUGCUGCCUUGCGAGAAGCUGAACUGGACCCCGCCAAAAAGGCCAGGAAAGACGACCUUGCCGUUCAAGAACAAGGCUUGGAUUUCAUACGAAAUUUGAUUUCAAGUGCUGGUUCGGGACAUGGCAGUUCCGCAGAAAAUACCGAGAUGAUUGAUUAUCUAUUUGAGUCCUUGGGCCAAGACCAAGUUUUCGAGAUUUUAGCCUCCAAAUUAAGACCUAAGGUCAUUAAUAACCCCUUUGUCGUCAGCCGCCGAGACUCUGGUGCAUCGGAAACGAAGGUCAUUGCGCCUCAACCAGAGAUCAUCAUUGCUGUCGUCUACAUUCUAGUUCACAUGGCCGCGAGCAUUCCUCAACAUCGCCAAAUCGUCAUAGCCCAAUCCGACCUACUCAAACUCCUCGUCCCUCAAUUUAACAACCCAGCCUAUGAAGUCCGCGUCGCCAUGUGCUAUUUAGUUUCAAACCUUACUUGGGUAGAUGACUCAAACGAUGGACCCGCUUGCGCACAACGUGUGCAGUCAUUGAAACAACUAGGUAUCCUUCAAAAAAUUGAACAUUUGGAACAUGAUUCAGAAUUGGAUGUGAGGGAGAGGGCUAAAACUGCCAUUUGGCAAAUGAAAGCUCCGGAUUUCAAUCAAUUAACUUAA